UGCUUGACAAAUUGAAAUAGCACAUUUCAAGGGCAGUUACCAGUGAUUCUAAUCUGUGUUGUUAUUCCUGUGAUUACUAUCACGAGCAUGCUUUGCAGAGUUGGUCAAAUACGCAGGUGUGCAGCCAGCCUCCACCAAACUAUAAGCCAGGUAGCUGCAUCAAGGCAGAAGCACACACUCCCUGACCUGACCUAUGACUAUGGAGCCCUGGAGCCCCACAUCAGUGCAGAGAUAAUGCAGCUGCACCACAGCAAGCAUCAUGCCACAUAUGUUAACAACCUCAAUGUCACAGAGGAGAAAUACCGGGAGGCGCUUGUAAAGGGAGAUGUGACAACACAGGUUGCUCUUCAGCCUGCUCUGAAGUUUAAUGGAGGGGGUCAUAUUAACCACACUAUCUUCUGGACUAACCUCUCUCCAAAUGGUGGUGGCGAGCCACAGGGGGAACUAAUGGAGGCCAUUAAGCGGGACUUCGGGUCUGUCCAGAAGAUGAAGGAGAAGAUGUCUGCUGUUACAGUGGCAGUGCAAGGCUCAGGCUGGGGUUGGCUGGGCUAUGAUAAGGAGAGUGGAAGACUUCGUAUUGCAGCUUGUGCUAACCAGGAUCCCCUGCAGGGGACAACAGGUCUCAUCCCUCUCCUUGGUAUUGAUGUAUGGGAGCAUGCUUACUACCUUCAGUACAAAAAUGUGCGGCCUGACUAUGUUAAGGCUAUCUGGAAUGUCAUCAACUGGGAGAAUGUGAGCGAGCGUCUACAGACUGCCAAAAAGUAGAACUUGACCCUCAAACAUCCUCAGCGACAGUUCUCAUCCUGACCUGCACCUGAAUUAAAUAGUAGUUGCUAAUAUUUCCAAAUUAAGACAGUUCAAAGUUCCAGAUGUUCAUCUGCAUUAUAGCUGAUUAAGUUGACAAACAUUUUGGUGGAGGUAUUAUUGUCUAUAUGGGAAACAUACACACGCUGAAGCAAAGUUGAAAAUGAUUUGCAAGUGCAUUUUAACCUCAGGUCUGCUCUGAACUGCCAGAUUGUUUUCAAAGUGCACAAAAAUGGCCACUCUUCACAUCACACCCAAAUAAUGACUGUCAUACUAGUUGUCAGAUAACCAGUAUAUGUCUGGUGAGCUAUGUCAGAACAAGUCACACUAAAAUCAGAAUGUUUUUGAUGUAU